AACGUGAUGUUAUUUAUUGGACCCUGCGCAAUACGGACCAAAGUACGAUCGCUAAUGGCCAUAAGUACCUCAUUUACUUAUAUCAUGGCUUCGAGCAGCUCCGAGUACCCAUCAACCCCCGAACCCCCCCAACUCAUAACCCAACUGACAUUUGUCCCAUUGCUUAUAUAUGUAUAUAUAUAUAAGAUUGCAACAAAACACGACGCAGUGCGAGUGCGAACAAGUGUUGUUUCCUGAUUUCUCGCUCAAGUGUCGAACGUUGUGUUAUUUUAGACAAAAAGUGUGCUUCAUGUUUCACGGUGCUAUGCUAGUUCCGAUUCUCUGUGAAAAUGUCGAUGCAGCUACAGGUCCUAGAAAUAGACGAGUGCAUCGUUUCCAGGUUAUGGUACACAGCCUGGGCGAUUUUACGCAUGAAAAUUGAGGAUCAGUCCUUCAGCAAAUAUUCCCAGGAUGAUAUUCAAGAGCUGCAAAAUCUCGUGAAAUCUACUCUAGACUCUACAACUGGGUGGCAAGAUCAGUGGAUAGCUUGGAAAUUACUACAGGAAUUGACACGUGAAGACUCUCCAGAAAUUCAGUACGAACUCGAUAAAAUAGAGUUUAUUGCUACUCUCAAACUGAUUGACAAGUCUGUGUCUAACACUGUAGAAAAGGAUUUGCUUUGUUUGUAUAAAUGUAUAUCAGAUUCAAAAAAUGUAAGGGAAAAGGUGAGGAACAUUUCUCAGGAGAGUAUGACAUUCCUGGAAGUUAAUUUACAAAAGAAUCCAGCAUUAACGUGUUGCCUGAUUCAAAAGUUGCUUUGCAUUUGGUCACCAUAUUUCUCUAAGAGCGAUAAUGAUUUGCAAGAUUUAUACAUUAAUGUUUUGAGAUCCAUUCUGGGAGAUGAAUUUCUUGAAGAAUGUCAUGAUACAGAGAACCUUUUACUCUCCCGACCAUGCAAGGGCAGAAGUAUUCUAAAUGACAAUGAUUUAGCAACGUUGUUGAGCAUUUUGUCAAAGCUGGAGCUUGCCGAGUCAAAAGAAAACAAGCUUCUAGUCUGGCUGUUUCCAACGUUAUUAAGGACAUGCAGCUCGCGCGACGUUGAGCUCACGUUCUACUCUAGAAAGACUACGAAAUACUUGAAAGAAUGGUAUAGGUUCCUAGACGAGACUUACGCAACGUGCAAGCCGGCUAAUACUUUGCUCGAUGCUCUUAGAAUUAGUAAAGCAAUAUUCAAUUAUGAUGGUGAUAAAGUUAUAUCCUUAGAUGCCAGAGAAUUGUUAGCCCGAGUCAUGAAAAGGGAAUCACAUUGGGUUAUAGAUAUUCUGGAUAUUUGUUACACGUUAACGACACAUGGUCGCUACCACGAGGUCUCAAGUAUUCUGUCACUGCCUAUGUUAAAAUACCUCUGGCCAGCUUUGCUGUUUAAGUUUCUGAAUGACUGCCCCAAUGUGCAGAUCACAAGCUCUGCUGAAAACUGGAAGAAGAGUGUUGACAUUUGCGACAUGCUCAAGUAUCUCCUUGACGAAUGCAAUUUGAACGCCUGGACAGAUACCACGCUAGAUAGACUAAACCUAACGUUAAGAAAUCAGUUGGCUGCUAUAAGGUGGAUAGUGAAUUCUAAGAAGACAAGUUUCCGGGAAGGAGACUCGCUCGAUAGUGUUAUCAAGAUAAGCAAAGCGGAUCAGUCCUUGUCCGUUAAGCAGCUCCUGUCACUGUUACAAAGUCAUAACAUACUCUCGGUCUUGCACAUGACUACCGAUAUUCACAAUAAAGACUUUGAAGAAAUUAAAUGUCUACUAAAAGACUCUGAAAAGUCAGUCGGCAUUUUCGAAGCCUAUCGCGCUAUGCUGAGUGCACUCAAAGCCAUUUUAUUCUGCGAAUAUUAUGAUACGAAGUUUGAAGAGAUAACGAUGUACCUUUGCGAUAUGGAGAAGCACCUGCAAUCUUUGCUCCCAUUCAGUUUGAGAUUGGAAACGAUUGAGAACAUAUUCUCAAUGCUUUUCCUGCGUCACGAGGAUUUCUCCGAUACGGACAGCAACUCCGAAGGCGGCGAAGAUGAACCUACCUUGGUAUCCUCAGAUAAGGAGUUGAAACAAGAAAAUAAGAUCGCCAACAAAUACAACUCGGGCUUUAUUUGCAACAGAUACGCUGUUAGGGAGAUAUUGCAUCAUUUGAAAAGCGUGAUACUGGCCGUGGGCAUUGACAGUGCUAAAUUAAAAAGAAAGACGGGACACUCGGAAGAAUUAGAAGAAAUUCAAAAGACAAUAUCAAGGAUCUCAAAACUAGUUGCCGACGCCACUUGGCGACUCCAAUUACUUACGAGCUCGGAAUUCAUACAGAGAUUCGGCACUCCGAGCACUGAGACGAGUCAGCGCAUCCUGGACAACACGGAAGUUUUAUCAAAUGAUAAAUUCCAUAUUUCAAGUCGAUUGAAGCAGAAAGCAAUAUUUUUUACAAGGGAUGAUAGCUCAUCAGAUGAGAGUGACUUGAGAUCUGAAGUUGAUGCCGGUUCAGAGACUGGAUCGGCAGGAAAUAAUUCUAGUAAUAAUGGAAAGCGCAAAAGGCGCUUUAAAAAUUCCACCUCGAAUGCAGACUCUUUUGGAUUAAAUAAUCUCAAUCAGAAUUCACUUAUCAUUAACUUUAUGCUGGCUACAAAGGAGAGCUUCGUUGUGCAAUGCUUAUGGAAGAACGAUUACGAUAAAGCUCAGCAAGUUAUUGAGAUGUUUAAUAUGAACAAUUCACGAAUGGAUGGUGUCAUCCAGUUUUCCAAAGCUUUGCAUAUGUUCAGACAGGAAAUAGAGAAACAAUGGGACCACGUGGACGUUACAGACUCACCCAAAACAAGCUCGAGUAUCUCCACGUUAGAGAAUAUAAGGCUAGCUGCACAAGGUGGGAUUAAAAGUUCACGAGUGACCUCACUACUGGAGACAUUCCUGGCAUCUCAAAAGGCAAAUGUUCGAUUAAUAAAUUCUGAGGAGCUAAGUAGCAACGAAAUAUUAACAAUGGCUGUAAUGGAUUUGGCUUUGACCACUGGUCGCACUCACCAAGUAUCGAUGAAUCUUUCUGACGUAGCCAUGAAGUAUUUGAGAAUGUGUAAAAGGCUGGAGAACACAAAACAUUCCUUGUAUUUCUCAAGAGUAUAUCAACUGUUGUAUGAAAGCAAAUUAGAGAGGCCACUAACAGACCUACUGUGCGAUGCAAGAGUUCCACUGUCGGUUAAGGCUUGGAAGGAAAAGAAUGAAUUCUGGACUGAACUGACCCAACAGCUUAGUGCGUAUAAACAUUCUCAAAAUGUAAAUCCUGAUCGAAGAGGAAAAAAUAAUAAUUAUAUGCCUGCACAGAAGUGCUUUAAGGAUAUUAUAUCUUUAUGUGGCAAUGGGGAAACUUAUCUUCAAAAAGUUCAGGCGCAUCUGAAAUUACUGAGGAAAAUAAUGCCUACGUCUGACUCUGGUGACAAUGAAAUACGUAGUGAAACUUUUAUGCUGAAUAAAUCGCUCGACUCGUACUUCGGCCAUCAAAUAUUUGACUUGGAAGUCGAGCCGGAAAAUCUUGAAAAUAUUGCCAACAGACUUCAAGUGAAUUUAGUGCAUAGUAUUCUCAUGAAUUGCUGUCCAAAACUUCUUUGUAAGAAUAACGUUAAAUCCAAAAAAAUUUGCUCCAAGUGGGGCUGUAUGAUACUUAAUAAAAGUACAGAGGAAACGACACUGGUUAACAGCGAUAUUCAGGAUCCUAAUAAAUGUGUUUCUGAGAUUCUGUCUGAUCUCUUGCAAAUCCUUCGUGACUUGAACCCUGGGCAGUCGACAGUGAAGCAUAAUGCAAUGGAAAGUAUAUCCAAAAAUCCAAACCUUCAAAGUGUACUGAGCAAAACCUGUCAGCUUGCGACAUUGGAUCUUAGCGAACUCUCAGUUGGCAAUGAGACACUGACAUUCUUCCUGAAUACAUGGAAUCUUUUACUCCUACAUUCGAUUCUGACUGUCUGGGCAGACGAUCAACCAUAUAAUGACCUUAGGCAUGACGUAUCCUUUAUGACUGUUGGAUACGAAAUUGGAGAUUUAGGACUAGUAACAUUGUCUGCUCUCAGGUACAAGUUACUUGGGAAUUUAUCUUGGAAUUCGGAAUUCUUUCCUCAAACAGAAGAGCUCAAUGAAUUAGCGUGGCAAGAUUUGGAUCUGACACAGGAUCCCAGAGUAAUAUUUGCAAUGGCCAAUGAAUUUUAUGGAACCCCUCUAGCAAGAGUAUUCAACGCCGACAGUCUAGACGAGGAUCUAAAUUCAGUGGCUCGCUCCUACUUUAAUCAUUAUGCCCAAUUCGAAAUCGAAAAAGACUCUUCAGAGGAAUCAGCCGUACAGAAUAUUUGUUGGCUACCAGAAUUGGUCCACCGUUACCAGGAGUAUAUUUCUCGAAAUUCAAAUCCCGAGGGUCACACUUCUUCUACGGCUGUGAAUGAGCACCAAAUUUCGUUGGACGACUAUUUAAAUUUAUUUGAUAAAAAUCCAAUAUUGCGAUACAAAUCAUUAUUCUAUUUAUAUGAAAUUAAAUUAGACUACACGAAAGACACGAUGAGUAAUGAACAUUUUACUCAGGACAAUUCAAACGUGUCAGACGAAGUCGACUGGAGUAGCAGAGUAAUCAAACCAGGUUUACUCCAAUAUUUGGAAGAGCAUUGUUGGCUCUUGUCAUAUCUCGUUCAAAGAAUUCACGAGGAGAGCCCUAAGAUAUCUGAGACCAAAUGCGACAACCUGAGACGUACUGCAUGCUUAGAGAACCUUCUUAAUUCACCCUGGGCAAAGACUCUAGCUUGUCUCUACAAUGGGAAUGAAACCCUUUCUGGUAUUCAGGAAAAUGUAUCUGCAAACAAUUUGUGGAUCUGCUUUGAGACUUCUUUAAGAAAUAACAAAUGGUUAGAGUGUCUUGAUAUCAUGAACUCUUUACCAGAUAAUCUUGUAAAAGGAAACGUCAAGCUGCAGUGUUUUAAGGAUAAGAUAUUGAGCCGAAUAAUUUCGGGUCAGGUUGACCUUCCGGAUAAUAACAUACUUCCCUACGUCCAUCAGAUAACAAACAUACAAAUUUUGGCGCAGACUAUUCUCUCUAAUCUCAAUAAUUGGCCUGUUAAUGUAUGCGAGGAAGCUCUGGUUCAUGCGCUACAUCAUUCUGAUAAGGACAAGUUGCCCUUUCAUUGUAAACUCGAAAUGAAUGAGACAUUGUGCAGAGUUACAGUAUUUCAUAGAAUGUUGCCUUACUGCACCGGCGAGACAAAUGCCAAGAGCACUACCUGGUACGAUGUAGCCUACUGCACUGAAAAGACUGAUCCCGUACAUAUUGUUAAGUCACUGAUAGAUGCGAACAAAUUUGAACUGUGCUUGGAGUGGCUGGAGUGUCAGGCAUUCUCCUCGGAAAUACAAUCUCUGGUUACCCAGGAUUUACUUAUAGGUCUACUGAGAAACGAGCAGAACGACUUCAAGCAAGCUUCAAAGCUUCUUCAAGCACUGCCAUUGAGUCAGUCAAUGAAGAUGUGUAAGGCAGUUCUCAGGAGAUUGGAGUCCAUUCCUACUCUACAUUUUGUUAUUGAUUACUUACUGGAACAUUGUAACCCGACAAAGACUGUCAAGUAUCAAAAGGCGUCAAUAGGUGUGAACAUUUUAAGCGAACUGGAUGCCAACGAUAGAGUAUUUUAUAUACACCUGAUAAAAGAACCAUUAUUGAUGUUCGAGCAAUUGCUGAUGAAUGGAAAAUUCGAGAACCUCCAGAGAAUUCUGAACACCAUACAAGUUUAUCUACCUCAGGCUGAUAUAUCGACAGAGAAUUUUGAUAAAAUUGUUAGGUACUAUGCUGGCAAGUCUCUGGACUUUAGAGUAGCCUUACAGCGUGAUGGUAUAGAGAAUCGACCUCUUGAAGUAUCUCUAUCUAGUACUGAAGGAACAACUGGUGAAUUUGUGAUGCCGAUAAAUGUUCCUACAAAAGAGGAAUGGGUGCCGAAUGAUAAGGCAAGAGAGUGUAGUUGCUGUCAGACUGUAAUUUUCUCCAUGUUCAAUAGACGACAUCAUUGCCGCAGAUGCGGUCGUGUAGUUUGUGCCAUGUGCUCCCAGCAACGUAUGAGAGUUUCUGGUUAUCCAAAUUCGGUUCUAGUACGCGUUUGCGAUGACUGCAAAAGACAAACCGUUCUGCAGCUGCAAGCUGCUCAAGGUGCUCCUUCUACACCCAGUAGCGAAGCUUUUGAUUGCUGGAGGUUAACAACAGAUCAGACUCACAAUCAGACACUCAGGGAAGAAUUUUCAUUCGAACAUGCACCAAGUAUCUCGUUGUGUCUAGCUAUUCUGAAUUUACACUCUGAUCACGAAGCUUAUGCCAGCUUUUUACUCGAUCGAUGCGACGAGAUGAAGAGACUUCUACAACCCGUCAGUGGUGGCAAGGUCAAUCCUGAGAUCGACCAUGCAUUGAUUAUCAAAAUGAUCCGAUCUUUGGUAGUUGCUGCAAAAGUGAAGUGCGCCAAGUUAGGUCUGAAUAUUGAGUUAGUAUUUUGUGAUCAAUUCUUGUCUCAAGUUGACCUCAUCACGACUCUGGUUCAAUCUGAUUGUUUGACCCUGAUACCGUCGGAUAACCUAGAUGAGCAUGCCCUGAGAAGACUUCGUGAUCUUCUUACCGAGAAGGAACUGUGGACGCUGGCCCUGGACGUGAGCACUAAGUCAGGACUGGACAGACAAGGUGUCUGGGCAGCUUGGGGAAAGGCUUGUUUGAAAGUCGGUUGUUUCGAACAGGCCAGGGAUAAAUUUACUCACUGUCUAGAUAAGGUUUUAUAUGAAGGAAACGACGAAUGGAUAUUUUUACCCUGUCCAAGUGAAAUUUCUGGUGAAAGUAACGAUAAUGUAGUCAGUACAUCGAAACAGCCAAAGGCACCUGAUGGGAAAUUAGAGAGUGAAGCAAAAAAUAAUCUCAAAAUUCAAAAGAAACAUGAAAUUCUGAGAAAUCGUCCUGCCAAGGACCCACCAUUGCUCAGUGAAAUUCUACAGAUACUCGAAAACUUGAAUUUGUAUGAUCAAUCCGGGAUUCACGAUACACGUGCAAAAUCUACCGUCGCCCAUGAAGUCCUGAGUACCCUGAAUAGUUUGACAGCAUUAAGUCAAGGACAGUGCAACGUAUCCCAUUCUACUUCGAUCACAAAAAAUAUUUAUUAUCAAGAGAGUCUGUAUUAUUUAUUGAUGUAUGGUAGUCACCUAUCGAUCAUGGAGUUCUUCGUGAAGCACAACGAGUUUGAGAAAUGUCUUGCCUACACCCUGGAGAACGAUAUAGAUCCUGACUUAUUCUUUAAUGGAGUUUACAUACGCUGCUUGAAGAAUGGAUGCGUUGAAAGGCUUUACGAGUCGAUGAGAGCGAAGGAUGCGAGUCUUUUACUCUGGAAGAAUUAUCUAGUCUUCGCCUGUCGUAGCUUGGAAAGGAAACAGUUUUUGAAUACGCUGUACCAGCUGCAAAUCUUUAUGAAGGAUUACGUCAGGGCAUCCAUGACCUGCAUUCGCUUUUACACUAAUGACGCGACCACCUACACCAAUCUGUGCUCAAGAUCUCAUCUACUAGUCGAUGCUCAAAAACAUUUGGAAACUGAGCUGCAAGUUGAUAACUUUAGCAGAAGCAGAAGAAGAAGCGUGAGCUCAGGCCACAGUGGCCAUGGGAGUCUGAUUAUGGAAAUGGAACCUUCAGAAAUUGACAGACACGUGAAUACAAUUUCUAGACAGAUGGAGAUCACCAAAUUUUUAGGUAAUGCUGAGAAGGAGGGCAGAGUAGUUAAUGCAUUUUUGGAUCGACUCUUUGAUAUGGGUAACGACAGUUCACAAAAUCGAGAAUUGCCAACUCUGUUUGGGCACCAACAACAGAAGACACAAUUGGCUGUCCUGGCGAUUUUGUGUGGACGGGACGUCGAGGAAGGAUUUGGUAUUGCUUUCAGGAUAAUGCAAGACUAUAACCUUCGCCCUGAGAAAGUGUACUCCUUGGCAGGACACAUUCUAGCUUUGGAUAAAAAGCUUCAUUCGAUAGAACAAUUAAUAAAAUGUUGUAGAAGCUCCGGAGCAUCUGAUUCUUAUGCUAUAUCUGAUCGUGUCUUGACACAUUGUGUCAAGAUUCUUUUGAAUUAUACGCAUGCUGAUCCAAGUUCCACUUUUAAGAAUGAAAUAGACACUCUUAUCCGACUUAUCGCAGAUAUAGAACUUAAAAUCAGUUCUUAUAUAGAGAGCAGACAGUUGAAAGCUGCAUAUCUGUUUGCUGUGAAACACGCGCGAGCGCAGGAUGUACGAAAAAUUUUGAAAGAAGCUGACAGACUUGGACAAAACGCAAUCAAGUCAAUUUGCAUUAAGUGGCUUCAGCACACGCAAAAGACAUAAAGCAGAUGCAAUACAUACAUAAAGUAUAUUCCGAAAUUUACUGCCAGCACUGCGAGCAUGGUUGUGUCUCACUAUAUUUCAUUGCAGAUAAACAGGUACACAAUGAUAGUCGUAACGUUGACAGUGAAUUUCGAAACGUACCCGUAGUAAUAGAAUAGUAACUGAUACUUUAUUCUUUAUCAAGGAAUAAAUAACUAUUCUGGAACAAAAAAGAACAGAAUUAUAAUUAUUUUCUGUUUGUUUCAUGUUACUAUUUAUUACGCGUGGAGUAAUCGUGAUAAGUGUUGGAAGUUAACUUUCGAAUUUUUUACAUUAUUUAUUUACGCUUUUUGCGAUCACUAUCAUUAUUGACGUAAGAAAUCUGAAAUUGCAUUUGACGCGGCAGUGCGAAGUAACUAUUAAUGUGAUUAGAAGAUUUAUCGUUUUUACAGUAAUUUUUAUUAUUAGUUACAUAAUACAUAGUUAAAUAAUAAUUUAAGAGACAAUAUUUUAUUUAUAAUGAAGUAACAAUUGUUUUAAAUUAUCACAACUACUGUUCCAUGAUAUAAACUUAUAAUAGCGCAUAGAUGCUACAAUUUAUUAUAGAACUGUGAUAUAUAAUAUAUAAAAGCAAUAUGUACUAA